AUGCCUUCAGGGACAGGAAAGACCGUGUCCUUGCUGUCUCUGAUCGUCGCAUACCAAAUUGCGGUUCCGGAAACUCGGAAACUAAUUUAUUGCUCACGUACAAUGUCAGAGAUCGAAAAGGCACUACUUGAACUGAAAGCAUUGAUGAAAUACCGAGCAGACGAACUUGGCUACGUUGAGGAAUUCCGUGGCCUGGGACUCACCAGCCGAAAAAACCUUUGUCUCCAUCCGGAAGUGAAGAGGGAGAAAAGCGGCGCUGUUGUUGAUGCCCGAUGUCGCAGCCUAACGGCAGGCUUCAUGAAAGAAAAGAAAGAGAGAGGAGAAAACGUGGAAUUGUGCACCUACCACGAUAACCUGGACCUACUCGAGCCUCACAACCUGAUUCCGCCCGGCGUUUGGACGCUCAAUGGUCUCCUACAACACGGUGAACAGCAAAAGCAAUGUCCGUACUUCACGGCGCGACGAAUGAUGUCGUUCUGCAAUGUGAUAAUAUACUCCUAUCAUUACCUGCUUGAUCCCAAAAUUGCAGAACAAGUUUCAAAGGAGCUUUCAAAGAACAGCAUCGUUGUCUUUGACGAAGCGCACAAUAUCGACAACGUAUGCAUAGAAUCGCUCAGCAUCGAUAUAACAGAGGACGUACUCCGAAAAGCGAGUCGAGGAGCCGACAACCUGGAUCGCAAAAUUGCGGAAAUGAAGUCUUCGGACGCGGAUAAGCUGCAGAACGAAUACCAAAAGCUCGUUGAUGGCCUGCGAGAGCAAGACGAAGCCCGUACAGAAGACUCUUUUAUGGCUAACCCAGUUCUCCCAGAUGACCUACUUAAAGAGGCCGUUCCUGGCAAUAUACGGCGUGCCGAACAUUUCGUUGCCUUUCUAAAGCGCUUCAUCGAGUAUGUCAAAACGCGCAUGGCAGCACGGCACGUGAUUUCAGAGACGCCGCCCUCCUUCCUGCAGCAUCUCAAAGACUUAACUUUCAUUGAGAAGAAGCCGCUCCGAUUCUGCGCCGAGCGCCUCACUUCUCUAGUCCGCACUCUUGAGCUUACUAGCAUCGAAGACCACAAACCUCUUCAGGAAGUCGCCACCUUCGCCACACUUGUUGCGACGUACGACAAGGGCUUUGAGCUCAUUCUUGAGCCGUACGAGAAUGUGUCUGAGACUGCCACGGUGCCACAUCCAGUCUUGCAUUUCAUAUGCCUAGACGCCGCGAUAGCCAUAAAACCUGUUUUUGAGCGCUUCUCCUCCGUUAUCAUCACUUCAGGAACGAUAUCGCCACUAGAAAUCUAUCCAAAGAUGCUCGAUUUCAGCACUGUUGUCCAGGAAUCGUACGCAAUGACACUAGCGCGAAAAUCCUUCUUGCCCAUAACCGUGACCCGUGGUAGCGACCAAGGCCCAGUGUCGUCCUCAUUCUCUAUCCGCAACGACACCAGCGUGGUAAACAACUACGGUCAACUCCUCAUCGACCUCUGCAAACUCACACCAGACGGCGUAGUCGUAUUUUUCCCCUCAUACCUCUACAUGGAAUCUAUUAUCUCCAUGUGGGUUGGUAUGGAAAUCCUUGACGUUUUAUGGAAAUAUAAACUCGUCCUAGUUGAAACACCCGAUUCGCAAGAGACUAGCCUCGCCCUCGAAACAUAUCGUCGCGCGUGCGAUAACGGCCGCGGCGCUGUUCUGCUUUGCGUCGCGCGUGGUAAGGUCUCCGAAGGUAUAGACUUUGAUCAUCAUUACGGCCGUACCGUGCUCUGUAUCGGCGUGCCCUACCAAUAUACCGAGUCUCGCAUUUUGAGAGCGCGGCUGGCGUUCCUGCGUGAGAAAUACCACAUUAAGGAAAAUGACUUUCUCUCCUUCGACGCGAUGCGGCAUGCCGCGCAGUGUCUGGGGCGCGUGUUACGAGGCAAGGACGACUAUGGGAUCAUGGUGCUUGCAGACCGGAGGUUCCAAAAGAAGAGAAACCAGCUACCCAAGUGGAUCCAAAAUGCCUUACUAGAUAGCGAUUCGGAUUUAUCUGUUGAUCAGGCGACGGCGGCGGGGAAGAAGUUUCUAGAAGAUAUGAGUGUGCCGUGGAGUUCGAAGAUGCAGGAGGGGAUUAGUUGGUGGAGCAACGAAGAUUUAAAGCGGUUUCAGCAGAAGGAGGCGGAAGCAGAGAUCACGAUGCUUAGAACGCAACAGCAGCAGAUGAAUUGGGGUGUGGAGACUGAUGUGCAGCAAGGGGAAACGAGUGGGGCGCUAGCGGACGAGUUUGAGAUGAGCGGGAUUGACGACCAAGAUUUGAUGGCGAUGGACGUUGAGUGA